GCCAAGGAGUUUGAACUAUACUAGCAUGUUUUACCACAUUUUACCGCUAGAGGUCGCACUACAAAGUAACUUUAUUUACACGGAGGGCUUGCAGACUGACCCAGUGUGAUAUUCGAUACUUAGUCGGGCGCCAGAUAGUUGCAACAGUUUUUUAGUGCCAGUGAGUUUACUUUUGGACGGUUCAUUGGGGGAUCUGGUGGACUUGUUUGGGGCUCCCUGGACGUUCAGCUAAAGACGGACCAGGAGGAGGGCAGUGUCGGGGGAUCUUAGAACUCAGGCCGAACUUCUCGUGGUCGUUAGUAUCCGUUAUGGCCGAUGUUCAAAUGCCUUUGUUCCCCGGUCAGUUUGUGCCUUGUGGUUCUGAAGACUUGCCAGAAGCGUUUGUAACGUCUUUGCGUGCCCUGUGGGACAUCCUAGAUGACGGCAACUGCGGUCUGGUGUCCCUGGGGGAUAUCGAGCGUCACUGGAGACAGGACGGGAGCGAACUCCGCGGAGUUGUGGAGGCUCUGCGGCAAGUCGCCCCGCACAACAACAUGCUCUCCUUCGACUUGUUCUGCAGGGGACUGCGACUGGCCUUAACCAGACCACUCUCUGAGCUAACUAACAACGUUAAACCAUUCCACAACCCUGACAAGGGACAUGUUCAAGUGCAGGCACAUCCCAGAACUAAGCAGUCUGCUCGAAGUUUCUCAGCAUCGACUCUGCUCAACCAAGACAAGAAGCUCCACACUUAUUCCAGCCAAGACAAAAUAGGACUGGGUUCGAUUAAUCCAGACAAGACAGGUCUACACGAGCUCGGGAGCCACAGAAGAUCUCAGCGAGCGUCCCGGUCAGUGCCAGAUUUGUCCGUCAAGUCUGAGCCUCAGACAACAACACAGGUGAGAGUCAACAAGGCGAAGCCCAGGCCUGAGAAGGGCAGGAUCAUGGAUAAGUUACGUCUGUGGCAGAACGAGACGUUGGCAUUCCUGAGUGGUGACAUGGACAGGACCAGCAGGGGGUCUGCUGAUGGAACCUCCAGCUCCUCCACAGAUAAUACAGGACCGUCAUUAAGUCCUCCUGCACUUUCACCAAAACAGAAGAAGAAGGAAUUCCGGCGGCACACCUUGGCUAAUGGACUGGACUACAAUGUGCUGAAGAGAAUGAAGCAGCUGGAACAGGAGAAGGACGUCCUUCUGCAGGGUCUGGAGACGGUGGAGCGUGCGCGGGACUGGUACCACUCCCGUAUACUCGCUGUGCAGGACAAGCAGAAGUACUUAGAUGCACAGUCCCCCAGCAGUAAGCGAUUGUUGGAGGCCAGUCAAGUUAGUGUCAACAACCUUACAGCACAGGUGCAGCAGGUGAACCAUCAUCUCAACACUCUCAUCCAGGACACAGGGGAUCAGGGUCUGUCUCUGCACAUGGAUCUUCUGACCUCACACAAUGGCAGGGUGGUCAGUCCAACUGGGAAGACUGCAGAGAACUGUGGCCAUACCCAGGAAUUGAGUGACAAAGAAGAAAUGAUUAGAAAACUAGAACAAGAGAAGUCCCUUCUCAUCCGCCAGGUGUUUGAGGCCAGGUCACAGAUUCAAAAGAUGCAGAGCCCCUCACGAGAUACCACUUUUAUUUAGCAUUUGUAUACAUUGUACUUAUUAUAUACAACGUUUAUUGUGUCCCUUUUACUGGUCACCACACCAGGUGACCUUUGUAGUAACUGUUAGAAAAAUAUGAGUUGACCUGUUUUAUCAUGAUCUUGUUGUAUCCAAAGCUGAAAGGGCUGUGCUCGGGAGAUCCGAGUGCUUGUUAGGUUUCCUCAGUACUAAUUUCUAACAAAAUGAAGCUGCUAACCCACACUUACAUGUAUUUCCUGGUAUUAUCUAAUUCUUUUCAUAUUAGAUAACAGAUAUAUAGUGAGUGAUUAGACACCAAUGGACCGAUCCUAAUGAAUACCAUAUCGAACAAAUAGAACCCCCGUUAUAUUCUAUUUCGAAAACCUCCGUCAAAAAAUAGCCCUUGGAGCAGAAAUGGCUGAAGAAAAAUGCUAUGCCUUCUUUCUUGAAGACUACAAUUUGCACAACUACACCAAGUAUAGUUGUCUGGGGAGGGAGAGCCACUGCAUAGAAUUACUUUGUUGGUGGUCAGGAUGCACACAUGAAGCAGGGUAUGUAUAAGACACAGGACUCUGCACUUAGUCUAGCAGACUAUCCUAUACCCCGGUAGUUGGUGUGCAGUACAAGCUUCCUCUUUGCGAAUGCCCGAGCUUAUUUCUUUGUAAUUUUGUUUUUGUUAUGAGCAUGCAUGCGACUGUUAUGCAUGUAACAAACGCAGUGGAAAACCCGUCACAGAUAUAUGUAUCGAUUUACAUGUGCGUCGACCACAUGUCAGAAACUGAGCCCUGACUCUGCUUUGACUAAAAUUAUAACACCUUUAACACCAUAACUUCUCAAACGAUAGUACCCACUACCCAGUGGAUAUUGCCUUCAACACAGAAGGUAGUGCAUUUUUCUUGGCCCAUUCUGAGAGGAUUUCUGGACCUAAAAGCUAAAACAAAGUCAGUUCUGUCCUACUAGCAGUUUUUGACGGAAAAAGAAGCAUAAUUGAAUAGGGAGUGGGGCUUCAAGAUGGGUCCAUUGUGUCAAGAUGUGUUUUUUUUUACUAAUCAUUUGCAUCAAGAUUCUGUCAAAUGAUGGAGAAAAUGCCAAAGCCACAUGUACAUAUUAAUGUUAAGUACUAUCAGUUUAUAAAUGGUGCAUACAUGUAUUGUAUAGCAAAUUGAGUAUGUUAUAUUAUUUCAUGACUAUUUGAUUCAUUAUUGUUUCAAUGUCUUUGUAGAUAGCCAUCUUAAUUUCAUGUUUUACAUCCUCUGAAGAUCCGAAAUCUAAUGCACAAGAAGAAUUAAGAUGCCUGGACUUUGACUUAUUUGAAUUCCAUUCACAGAAUACACGGUACCAAUUUCCUUUGUUUAUGCACCAUGGAAAUAAAGUUGAAUAUAACUGAGAUUCACUUUGUACUCUACAAAAGGUUGAAAAAUAAUAAAAGAGAAUGUCCUUUU